CUCUGAUUGCUUGUGUGGAGUACAAGUUAUCUCCAUUACGCCACAAGCUGUGAGAUGUUUGUGUAGGCUGUCUGAGGCUGAUUGCUAGACUGCCUGCUUGGCUGUGAGGCAGCAGUCACCGCAAGCCCGUUAGGCCUUGCCCUGGAGGUGGGAGUGAAACUACAUAUGAAGGUGGUACAUGGGGACACAUGGCAGUUGAGUUUCUGACCUCCGUGGAUACCCUGAUGUCACAUGCUCACUGACAACCAGUGUCACAUCGAUACCUACACCUUCCUUGUCAUUCACAGACAUUAUAGCAACAUGAGCAGAGCAGAAAGAGCAAAGAAGACUCGCAGUUUGUUUUGGCAUGGCUUCUUCAGCUCUCAGCGUUGGGAGGAGGUGAAGGCCGGGGGUGGGUCACCGACCCGGGGGUCACACAGCUCUAGCAUGCCUCAGAAUCCUCCUGUUCCUCUGCGCAAGGACAGCCUGCCCAACCACGCGAGAAAGGCACCCCCAAUCCCGCCAGCCCCCUCCAAGAGGAACCACUCCCACAAGUCCCCACGACCUAGUUCUGAGUAUCAUACAUUACGUGGCGCAUCUGCCGCAUCGCCAACAAGUAGAAAGAUGUCACAUGACUCGGUGACAGAGCGUUUGAACCUUGACAUGACGUCAACACAUACCCAUGAAGAGAGGAAUCUAUGGAAGGACAGUUUCAAGACACUGCUAGAAUUUUAUGAGAAUGGCCAAUUGUGUGAUGUUGAAAUUAUUGUUGGGGAGAGGUCAUUUAAGUGUCAUCGAACAGUUCUGGCAUGUGCAAGUUUGUAUUUCAGGGCGAUGUUCAUGUCCGAGAUGGCGGAAAGUAAACAGGAAACCGUCACUAUCCAUGACAUUGAUGCUCAUGCAAUGGAGAAACUCAUCCAGUUUGCGUACACCUCGAAGAUAACCUUGACAAUAGACACAGUCCAGCAGCUUCUGUAUGCGUCCUCCAUACUGCAGAUGGAGGCGGUCGCUCAAGCGUGCUGUGACUUCAUGAAAACACAACUGACUCCAUCUAACUGUAUCGAUGUGCACAACUUUGCUGAACAGCACAAUCGUGUAGAACUGAUGAAGACAGCCACGGACUACUUGUUAAGUCAUUUCUUAGAGGUUGUUGAAGGUGGAGAGUUCAAGGUCAUGAACAAGAAGUUGCUCGAGAAGUUGAUAUCUUCAUUUGACCUCAAUGUUGAAAAUGAAGUGCAAGUUUAUGAGGCUGUAAUUAACUGGGUGAAAAAUGACCUUGAAACUCGAAGUGAGUUUCUGCCGAGUUUGCUGGAGCAUGUUAAGCUGCCGCUGGUGUCGGCCACGUACCUGAUGGAGACCGUGGAGAAGGAAGAACUCAUGAGGAACAGUCUGGCAUGUCGGGACUUCCUGGAUGAGGCCAAGUAUUUUCGCAUGUCACAAGUCAGCUUAGUACCAGGGGUCAAGGUAACACCACGAACCAGGGAAAGGAAGAGCUAUUCGGGUGUGUUGUUCUGUGUGGGAGGUCGUGGAGCCACCGGGGAUCCCUUCAAAAGUAUCGAGGUCUAUGAUGUCUGCCGCAACAAGUGGUUCCACGUCGCCGAGAUGCACACACGCAGACGCCAUGUUGGUGUAUGUGCUGCCAAUGGUGUGUUGUAUGCUGUUGGUGGACAUGAUGGCAAUGAGCAUCUCAACAGUGGAGAGGUAUUCGACCCCAAGACUAACAAGUGGAAGAAGAUAGCACCCAUGAGCACGCUCAGAAGAGGUAUAGCUCUGUCGUGUUUGGGAGGGCCUGUGUACGCCCUCGGUGGCCUGGACGACUCCACCUGCUUCAACACGGUGGAGCGCUACGACCCCACCACCAACAGCUGGACCCAGGUGGCUUCCAUGAACAUCCCCCGGGGAGGGGUGGGCGUGGCACCCCUAAAGGGUCAACUGUAUGCACUCGGCGGCAAUGACGGCACCAGCUCCCUGGACAAGUGCGAACGUUAUGACCCUUUCACAAACAAGUGGUCCCCAAUUGCCAGCAUGAACAAGAGGAGGGCAGGGGCUGGAGUAGCGGUCUUGGACGGAUCAAUUUUUGUAGCAGGUGGUUUCGAUGACAACGCUCCUCUGGACUCAGUGGAGAAGUACGACCCAUCAACCGACUCAUGGAGCCUCACAACUAGCAUGUCCUGCUGCAGGGGCGGGGUGGGCGUCGGCAUGCUGGGGGGCAAGCUGUACGCUGUGGGAGGCCAUGAUGGCUGCAACUAUCUCAACUCUGUCGAGUCAUACGAUUCACUGACAGACACUUGGGAAACGGUUGCUGGAAUUGAUGUCUGUCGUGCUGGGGCAGGCGUCUCCGUGGUAACAUGUCAGAUCCUUGACCUCCGGGAGCUAGGUCGUCUGAGCUCCACGGCUGGCGCAGCUGGUCGUCUGUGAGAGGGAUCCAGCAGUAUCGGGCGGGGGCAGGCGUGGCCUUCUGUGAGUGCCCACUUAAAAAUGUCCGCAAAUUUAUGAGAGGCAUGAUGCUGGAGCGCCUACAGUGUGUCUGAUGUGUACAAACAAACACACGACAUACUGUGUGUCAUCCCACUGAGGACAGACAUGGAAGAACUGUUCACCUGUCUUGAUACAUGGGACAAGAUGGCGGUAGACAACUGGAUUUAUCAUGACAGUCAUGCAUCAUCUUGGCAACGGACAUCCAGGAGAGGUCAUUGAGAAGACCAAAGGCACCCCUUCUGCUCAUUCAAUACAAGGCCAGUCAUUCUUGGAAUAAGGUGAACACGGGUAUAGUUGAAGCAGAUAUACUCACCCAUAAUGGCCUUUCCUAAACCUCAGAAAGCUGUGGACUACUUGAUGACUCAGGUUCAUCUCACUGUCCUGUAGGAUAUCCAUCGCCAUACUGCCAGAUCUCAUCCCGGCAGCAGAUACUCGACACCUCCAAGCCUCCACGCUAGCCUAGUGUGGUGUACUUGUAUUGGCUGUUUACUGUUGCCUGAAGCACAGAAAGGACCAAAUUUCAUUAGCUAUGGGCUUUUAGUCAUAGCUCCACCUGUAUUUAUUAUUUUUCCUCUUUCACACCCGUCACAGCUUAGUGUGCUUCAAGCUUUGGCCUGUGUACACUUGAAUAUCAAAUUCUGCUUCGAGGAAUGCAGAUUUUCCAUCCAUUAAUGUUCAGUGUUUGCAUGUUAGGUUACACGUUGUUGUGAAAGAAUUAUCAUGUUUAUAUAUGUCACUUUUUUUCAGUGAUGUAUCUUGUUAGUUGAUUGUUGAUGUUUUCUUUUAAAAUGACAAACAUUCUUGGUCACAUCAAAUUUUAUGUAGUUGAGUUCAUAAUCAUCAUUGUGAAAGAGAUGGGGCAAAAUAUCAAGAAUGUUCAAGAUGGGUAAUAAUUUCAUUUAAAAUGUUCAAAUCCAGACUGUGAUAAUAUGAGAAAUAUUACAUGGGAUAAAAAAGGGUGCAAGUUUCACGGACUGGUGGUAGAUUUUCUGUGUAGUUUGGUAAAAGUAAAAUGAUGCUAUGGUAAAACCUGUGAAGAUCCAAGGUAGAAUAGGUCUUCAGCAACCCACGCUUGCCGUUAAAG